AUGGCUUGCGGUAAAUAUAUUUCAACAAAGGAGACAACCCAUGCUGCCCGUUUGUCUCGACUUUUGGUGGAUCCAUGUACAGAUCUUUUCAGAGAUCUCCGGGUCCAUGUAACUGAAGUCCAGUUUCCAUUCGUCCUUCAAAACUGCAAAGCAAUUUUAUUACCCAUCAUUAACAAAGUCCAGAGAAAUUUACUUUAUCCCAAAUCAAAACAAUUUCUGGGAACAUAUGAAGAUCUUGACUUGUCUUUGCUUUACAUUCUAUUGAGAAAUAUAUCAGGGAUACCACCCCACAAGAACGGAUGGGGUAAACAACCAGAUCCAAUAGACAGAUCUCUCUCCGCCAACAUUGAUCGCAUUAGAGAGACAAGAAAUACCUAUUGUGGACAUGCAUCUCGAGUUUCACUUAAUGAGACGGAUUUUAACAACAUCUGGCAUGACCUAGUGUUAAUAAUCUCUGAACUUGAAGGAAGUCUAUGGGCAGGAUGUACAAAGUAUACAGAUGCAGCUAAGAUGAUAAAAACUGAUACAAUGGACCCAGAAAGAGAAGAGAGAUAUUUAGACACAAUUGAUAACCAGUAUGAAUGCAUCAAAGAUUUAAAAGAAUCAGCAACAAGAAUAAUAAAGGAACAGGAAAAAAUAUUCGAAAAACAACACCAGCUACAAGAAAAGCAGGACAGACUUGCGCAUGGACUACAACAACAAACGCAUGAAUUAAGCCCUCACUUACACAAAAAAGAAGAAGAAUUGAAAUCAGAAUUGCAAAGACAUGAAGUUGAACUUAAAUAUCAACAACAGAAACAGAAGAAAGAAAUGAAAUCUGUACUACAAAGACAAGAAACAAGGUUUCGAUGUAAACAACAAAGAUGUGAUACAAAACUUAAAUAUGCGUUGCAAACACAGAAAUCAGAACUUACAAAUGAACAAGAAAAACUAGACAUUGAACUGAAAUGCGCGCUGCAAAAGCAGGAAACGUUCCUGAUGUCAGAAAUGCAGAAACAAGGACUGGAGCAAAGAACUGAGCAACAAUCGCAUAAAGCAGGAUUAGAGGUGGUCAAAGAACGACUUUCAGUAAUAGAAAAACAUUCUGAAUGCGAAAGAAAUAACAUUCUGGAUAACACAGUAGCAAUUCUUCAAGCUAAAAGGUCCAACAGUGUCUAUGUAAGGAUAUCAGUUGUAGAAAGAAUUAUAGAAAAACUCAAAGAACAUCGAUUUUUAAUAUUGACGGGGAAAGCAGGAAGUGGAAAAACAACUACAGCUUAUCACGUGAUGUGUGAGCUGUCAAGUGAGUCGUAUACACCUGUUCUAUUAAGUUCUCCCGAGGAGUGGAACAAAGUUAUCAACCCUUUUCAGCAAUAUUUUGUUUUCCUUGAUGACUUCAUUGGAUCAAAAAAUUUUGAUGAA